CAUGGUAAUGGCUACAUACCGGUGGGAUGGCGACUUCUCAAGGGUUGGAGGAAGCGUGGAGGAACGCAAUGCACUAGAAGAAUUAACAAACAGCUGUCAGUGCUAGAAUACUGCCUUUGUUCCAGCCUGGUUAUGAGUGGCAUGUACAUGUAUAUGCCACGCAACAUCAAGAGCCACAGUUCCUUGCACAAUGACCUUCAUAAUGAAAGGACUGUCUGCAGAAGACCAGAGAGACUGUAUUUUGGAGCCGCUUUCUCUGCCAGAAUGUCCAGGUGGCAUUUCUACUGUAGAAGGCUCUCCAUCUGUGCCUUGUCUAUUCUGUGAAGAAUAUUCUCCAGUAUCAGAACAAAACCAGCUUCUAAAACACAUGAUUAUAGAACACAAGCUUGUCAUAGCAGACGUCAAGCUGAUAGCAGAUUUUAGGAGAUAUGCAUUGUACUGGAAGAAAAGAUUCACAGAACAACCCAUUACAGACUUUUGUUGUGUAAUAAGAACAAAUUCUGAAGCACUUCCAGAGGACCAGGACAAUUAUUUUCUUUUGUGUGAUGCUCUGCCUGAAGACCGAACACUAAGGGAGAAUCUCCAGCAGCAGAAACUGAGAGAAGUUCUGGAGCAACAACACCAGGAAAGAUAUGAUGCAGACUUUUGUGGGAUAUGCAUGUUCUGCGACAAAGAAUUUACUGGUAACAGAUCUGUCCUUCUCAAUCACAUGGCCAAUGAGCAUGCAUUCAAUGUUGGGCUGCCAGAUAACAUUGUUAACUGUAAGGAAUUCUUAGAUCUUCUACAGAAGAAACUCGACAGUUUGCAGUGCCUAUAUUGUGAGAAAAUAUUUCGAGAUAAGAAUACUCUCAAGGAUCACAUGAGAAAGAAGCAACAUCGCAGAAUCAAUGCCAAAAACAGAGAAUAUGACAGAUUUUAUAUUAUUAAUUACCUGGAAUUUGGAAAGUCUUGGGAAGAAGUUCAGUCAGAAGAUGACCGAGAAUUGUUACACAGCCAAGAAGAAGACUGGUCUGAUUGGGAAGAACAUCCAGUUUGUGCAGUCUGCCUUUUCUGUGAGAAGCAGGCAGAGACCACAAAAAAGCUCUAUAUUCACAUGGAGGAAGCUCAUGGCUUUGGUCUGCUAAAAAUUAAGUCUGAGUAUGGUUUGAAUUUCUACCAGCAAGUAAAAUUGGUAAACUUCAUCAGGAGAAAGGUCCACCAGUGUCUUUGUUACAAUUGCCUGGAGAAAUUCCAAUCCAAAAAGGAGCUAGUAAGGCACAUGGAGGAAACCAAACAUAUAACACUUCUUCCAGCCAGAUCCAUGUGGGAUCAGCCCCAGUAUUAUUUUCCAACCUAUGAAAACGAUACUCUUCUCUGUACACUCUCAGACAGUGAGGAUGAACUGACAGCUGGGAAACAGAACGAGGAUGUACCUGUCAUCAGUGAGGAUGUUUCUAACAUAGAGGCUUUGAAACAGGGUAGUGUAUUAAAUCAGCUUCUUCGCGAGGAGAUAAAUGACGAAGAACCUUGAUGUUGGAUAAACUUUUUUCUUAAUAUGCAGACCCCUGCCUUUGGCAAGGCAAAUUUUGUUUUGGUAAUUUACUGAUCUAAUUUGAUUCUAUAUCUGUAAUAGACCAACUCUUCGAAUGGGAAGCUGAAAUUAAAGACACAGCACAUCGGAUUAAAA